AUGGAGAAAUAUCCUGACCACCUUCCCUGCCCCCAAGAGUUGGGAAGUACUAAGUUGCAUGGCCCCCGCUGGAGGAAAGCCAGUGGACGGGGGGCUUCUCUCUCCAAGUGCCCUCUGCAUUCAGCUUUCUCUCAGCAGCCCAAGCUCGUCCCGUCCCCUGUACCCUUAACUGUUUCAACAUAUGGUGUGGGAGCUGGACCACCCUUCAUGACUGAUACCUCUGCUGCUUCUCUUACCCUUCAAAUUUCUGUCCACCACAUCCUAGCCAGGUUGUUUUAUGAUUUAUCUGCAGUUAUUAUUGGCUUAGAAGCCAGAAAGAAAGCUGUGUUUUGGGGUGACAUUGCCUUAGAUGAUGAAGAUUUAAAUAUCUUUCAAAUUGAUAGGACAAUUGACCUUACACAGAACCCCUUUGGAAAAUUUGGACAUUCCACAGGUGGAUUUGGAGACCAUGGUAUAUCAAAGAAAAGAGGGGCCCUCUACCAACUUAUAGACAGAAUAAGAAGAAUUGGCUCUGGCUUGGAGCAAAACAACACAGUUAAAGAAAAAGUACCUCUAAAAUUCUCAGGGCAAAAUGAGAAAAAUCGAGUUCCCAGAGCUGCUACAUCAAGAACUGAAAGAGUAUGGCCUGGAGGUGUCAUUCCUUAUGUUAUAGGAGGCAACUUUACUGGCAGCCAGCGAGCCAUGUUCAAGCAGGCCAUGAGGCACUGGGAAAAACACACGUGUGUGACUUUCAUUGAAAGAAUGGAUGAAGAGAGUUACAUUGUAUUCACAUACAGGCCUUGUGGAUGCUGCUCCUAUGUAGGUCGGCGUGGAAAUGGACCUCAGGCAAUCUCAAUUGGCAAGAACUGUGAUAAAUUUGGAAUUGUUGUUCAUGAAUUGGGCCAUGUAAUAGGCUUUUGGCAUGAACACACACGACCAGAUCGAGAUAAUCAUGUAACUAUCAUAAGAGAAAACAUCCAGCCAGGUCAAGAAUACAAUUUUUUGAAGAUGGAGCCUGGAGAAGUAAACUCACUUGGAGAAAGAUAUGAUUUUGACAGUAUUAUGCACUAUGCCAGGAACACCUUCUCAAGGGGGAUGUUUCUGGAUACCAUUCUCCCCUCUCGUGAUGAUAAUGGCAUACGUCCAGCAAUUGGUCAACGAACCCGUUUAAGCAAAGGAGAUAUUGCACAGGCAAGAAAGCUGUAUAGAUGUCCAGCAUGUGGAGAAACUCUUCAAGAAUCCAAUGGCAAUCUUUCCUCCCCAGGAUUUCCAAAUGGCUACCCUUCUUAUACACACUGCAUCUGGAGAGUUUCUGUGACUGCAGGGGAGAAGAUUGUUUUAAAUUUUACUACCAUGGACCUAUACAAAAGUAGUUUGUGCUGGUAUGACUACAUUGAAGUAAGAGAUGGAUACUGGAGGAAAUCACCUCUCCUUGGUAGAUUCUGUGGGGACAAAUUGCCUGAAGUUCUUACCUCUACAGACAGCAGAAUGUGGAUUGAGUUUCGCAGCAGCAGUAACUGGGUAGGAAAGGGCUUUGCAGCAGUCUAUGAAGCUAUCUGUGGAGGUGAGAUACGUAAAAAUGAAGGACAGAUUCAGUCUCCUAAUUAUCCGGAUGACUAUAGGCCAAUGAAAGAAUGUGUGUGGAAAAUAGCAGUGUCAGAAGACUGUUACGUGGGGCUGACCUUUCAGGCCUUUGAGAUUGAAAGACAUGACAACUGUGCUUAUGACUACCUAGAAGUUCGAGAUGGAAACAGUGAAAAUAGCCCUUUGAUAGGGCGUUUUUGUGGCUAUGAUAAACCUGAAGAUAUCAAAUCUACCUCCAAUACGCUGUGGAUGAAGUUUGUUUCUGAUGGAACUGUGAACAAGGCAGGGUUUGCUGCCAAUUUUUUCAAAGAGGAAGACGAGUGUGCCAAGCCUGACCGUGGAGGCUGUGAGCAGCGCUGUCUGAACACACUGGGCAGUUACCAGUGCUCCUGUGAGCCUGGCUAUGAGCUAGGACCUGACAAAAGGACCUGUGAAGCGGCUUGCGGUGGACUUCUCACAAAACUGAAUGGUACCAUAACCACUCCAAGCUGGCCCAAAGAAUACCCCCCCAACAAACACUGCGUGUGGCAAGUGGUCGCACCAACACAGUACAGAAUUUCUAUGAAGUUUGAGUUUUUUGAAUUGGAGGGCAAUGAAGUUUGCAAAUAUGAUUAUGUGGAAAUUUGGAGUGGUCUUUCUUCUGAGUCUAAAUUGCAUGGCAAAUUUUGUGGUGCUGAAGUGCCUGAAGUGAUCACAUCCCAGUUCAACAAUAUGAGAAUUGAGUUCAAAUCCGACAAUACUGUAUCCAAGAAGGGGUUCAAAGCACAUUUCUUUUCAGACAAAGAUGAGUGCUCUAAGGAUAAUGGUGGAUGUCAACAUGAGUGCGUCAACACAAUGGGAAGCUACACGUGUCAGUGCCGGAAUGGAUUUGUGCUGCAUGAAAAUAAACAUGAUUGCAAGGAAGCUGAGUGUGAACAGAAGAUUCACAGUCCAAGUGGCUUCAUCACUAGCCCCAACUGGCCAGACAAAUACCCAAGCAGGAAGGAAUGCACAUGGGAAAUCAGUGCCACACCUGGUCAUCGAGUCAAAUUAGCCUUUAGUGAGUUUGAGAUUGAGCAGCAUCAAGAAUGUGCUUAUGAUCACUUGGAAGUAUUUGAUGGAGAAACAGAAAAAUCACCCAUUCUUGGACGACUAUGUGGGAACAAGAUACCAGAGCCCCUUGUGGCUACGGGAAAUAAGAUGUUUGUUCGGUUUGUUUCUGAUGCAUCUGUUCAAAGAAAAGGCUUUCAAGCCACACAUUCUACAGAAUGUGGUGGCAGACUGAAAGCAGAAUCAAAACCAGGAGAUCUGUAUUCUCAUGCUCAGUUUGGUGACAACAACUACCCAGGACAAGUUGACUGUGAAUGGGUGUUAGUGUCAGAACGGGGCUCUCGACUCGAGUUAUCCUUCCAGAUUUUUGAAGUGGAAGAAGAAGCUGACUGUGGCUAUGACUAUGUUGAGCUCUUUGACGGUCUCAAUUCAACAGCAGUGGGUCUUGGUCGAUUCUGUGGAUCAGGGCCACCAGAAGAGAUCAAUUCAAUUGGUGAUACUGUUUUAAUUCAUUUUCACACUGAUGACACAAUCAGCAAGAAAGGAUUUCAUAUAAGAUACAAAAGCAUCAGCUAUCCAGAUACUACGCAUACCAAAAAAUAACACCAAAACCUCCAUCAGAACAUAAAGAGAUGUGCAUAAUGGAGAGAAGAUGUAUUUCUUUUUUAAAUGAAGAUUUUAGCACAAAUGUUUUAUAUAAUGAAUUUGAACAGAAGAAAACUACAAGACCAGAAUUAUCUCUGUAUCAAAAGAGAAGUUUCCUGCUAACCGUGAUCAGCAUUGCCAGGAUAUCUGAACUCUGUUCUUGAUGGUAUAAAUACAAAUAAAGCUUGUGAAAGCAUCUCAUGCUUCAGUGAAGACUUCACAAUCUUUUCUUCACAGCUCAACACAGAUGCUUCACAAUUCAGACAGUUCCGCUCAGGGUCUGUGACCCUGCAGAGUGUUCUUUUUGACAAUUUUUCAGUAUAUGGAAGAAAUAAAAUUAUCUUGCAGGUGAAAAACUGGAAAACCCUCUCCCCAUACCUUAGGAUAAUCGCUUUGACUUUGUAUCUUGAAGACAAUGUAAACCAGAUCCAUUUAAGGUCUUGUGAAAUGGGAGUCUUUUGAGAGUUGUUUAUACUUUAAAUGUGGGUGUGUCCAAUGUUUGUAAACUGGAAUAUUUCAGCUUCAUUGUUUUUACUUGCAGGCUAAAUUAACCUCUUUGAAAUGUAAAGGAUCUUGAGACCACUUCGUUUUACUGAGAUUUCAACCAGUUUGAAAUGUCAAUAGUGUCUAUUGCAGUUCACUCUAUAGACAUCAUUUAUUUAAGUGCUGGAAAAUGCACAGUUAAUUGGUAAACUCAGUUCUUUCAGUGAAAGUGCUGCCUUUUCACACCAAAUCCAGGAAGCCACGUGAUAUCUUAUGAACUUGAUGAAAAAACUCCCAACCGGUGUGAACAGGAUUCUUCUAAGUGACUGCCUAGAUGGUUCAUACUCAAGUUCCACUGCUGCUAUUGUUUCUUUUAUUGUUGAUCUUUUAUCAUUGUUAUUAUUGAUAUUUUCAUGGUAAAUGUUGUAUUCUCUAAAAAAUGAAAUGAAAUGAAUUGGCAGUAGGCCUUGUAAGAACUGAAAGAUCUCUUUCUUUCUCUUCCUAGGAAUCAGUUUUUUAAAUAUGCAGUGUUG